CGAGGAACUGCGGAAGCCUUUCUGUUGAGAUAUGGAGAGCCCACACGAGCACCAGCAGAACCUGCUGCUUUCGCGCAUCAUCACAAACGUGGAAAAACUAAAUGAAGCCAUCGUUGUGAUGAACAAGAGCCUUCAGGAGAUUAAUGUCCAAAACAUGAACGUGGAGCUCGUUGCCCAGAUGUUCAAAAACUACCAGUCCAACGUCUUGUUUCAUCUUGAAGCCACGGAUAAUUUGAAGCCUCCUUCAUGAUGUGAUGCAAAUGAUCUUAGGUGUAUUGGUUAUGACAUUUUUGUUGUUGGGUGAUAUAUAGAGAGAGACAGGAUGGCGGUGUUCAAAAUACCAAGAUGUAUACGACGAAUAUGAAUUAAUAAAAAAAGAAGAAAAAAAAGAAACAAAAAUUCCUUUUAAAUGACUAAAUAUACUUUGAUCAUUGUAAAAAGAACCUGGC